GUGCCGUACACUAGCAAUCCAGACUUUGUUGGGCGUUCCGACAUCCUCGAACUGCUGAAGAGCCAACUCGGUCAUGGGCAGCCUUUGACAGGCGGUGCUUCGCAGCCGAGAGCGUGUCUCUAUGGUUUGGGCGGCAUUGGGAAAACGCAGAUUGCGCUGGGGUACGCGUUCUGGCUGCGGGAGACGCACCCGGACGUGUCGGUCUUCUGGGUCCACGCAAGCAACGCCGAGCGGUUCCGCCAAGCGUAUGGUUUCCUCGCACAAAAAUUCCAAGUCCCGGGCUAUGAUGACCCCAAGACCGACGUGCUGCCGUUGGUGAAGAGGUGGUUGGAGCGGAAGGAUUGCGGCCGGUGGCUCAUGGUGGUCGAUAAUUAUUAUUAUUCCUACGCCGCUGUGCCCUAG